CUCAUUUGAUUCGCACUCAUUUAAUUGAGUUGAUAACAUUUCGAUUGAUGGUUCAGGGGUUCGUUCAUUGAAUCAUUUUUGAUACCAUUAUCGAGGAUGCAUGUGCGUUUAGUUUAGUAGAAUACAAAUAAUGUUUUGCAAAUAUCGACAGUGACAACCUAUACCUCAACUUGUGUAGUUUAUUAAUGCUGUGUAGUGGGUUUGUUAGGUGCGUAAUAAGCAUAAUACAAUUUUGUACAAUUUUUUUUUUAUUCACAAUGGUCGAGAUAAACGGCUGUGUGAAUUUGAAUCCGAUUCCCUCCUUUGGGUGCUUGCAGCGACCUCUACAAUUGCAGACGAGUCAAACAUUCAACUGUCAAAUAUGCGUGUUUUUUUAGUGAUGGACAAGCCAAAUCAGAAAAUUCACACAUAAACCGGGACCUUGAUAUGAAUUUUUUGUUUUCUAUGUAUAAAUACCAGAGAUAUUAACAGAAAAUUGUAAUAAAAUCCAUAUAAUUGUUGUUUAAAGUAGUUUACCAGUGAAUUUACAGCGUUUCCACAACGGAAAGGCUCGUAAAUAGUAGACAGACGCUAAGUUAUCACAAUUGCCGAACAAUAUACAAACUAUUGUUUAAGUCAAGAGAUGGGAUCGAAAAAGCACAAAAAACAUAAAUCAGAGCGGCGAGAAAGAUAUGAAGAUCAACCAUUUUGUUUGGAGAGGCCCCCAAGUUUGAAGUUGAUUCUGAAAGUUGGCACCGGGAAUAGUUCAACGCCCGAAUAUGCAAGCAGCGAAUCACCUCAGCAGUAUGGUGGCAUUCAGCCAGAAAGUUUGGGCCUUUUGAUGGACUAUCCAGAGCGACACAAGAAAUCGAAGAAGAAAAAGAAGAAAAAAGACCGUGAAAAGAAGCAUAAACAUCACAAGGAGAAACGGCGCCACCGGGACGAGUCGCGAGAUCGCACAGAGAACGAACAGGACGAAUCAAGCCAAGAGGAUUUCAGUAUAAAUGAGGAUAGUGCACAAUUUCAAAGUGACAGUACGUUGCGAUACAAUCCAGUGCUAAGCGAUAGUGCUAGCCCGGCAUCGAUAUCGGUGUCACGAACGCCACUAUUGACUUUACCAUUGAAAUCACCCAUUCUCGAUCCGUUGGCCAGUGAACAGAGCCCGAGUGUGAGUAGCGUGCGUUCGGAUAGUUUGAAAUCACCGUCAUCGACCAGUGAUAGUGGGCGCGAAGCCAGAGUUUGUGUGCUAAAAGUACGGCAAAGACCAUUGUCAAAACUUUUGAACCAUUUAUUGAGUUUGCUCGAGAAAAAAGAUACGCAACAAUUUUUCGCGUGGCCCGUUUCCGAUGACAUUGCACCCGGAUAUUCAAAUAUUAUCGCUACGCCGAUGGACUUUUUUACCAUUCGUUCGAAAAUUGAUGACAGCAAAUAUCAAACGUUGACCGAGUUCAUUGAUGACUUUAAAUUAAUUUGCACCAAUGCAAUGCGGUACAAUCAAGAGGAUACGGUGUAUCACAUUGCGGCCAAAAAACUUCUGCAUGUUGGUUUGAAAAUGCUGAAACCAGGCAAUCUUCUUCGAUUGAAACCGCUGCAAAUUUAUUUGCAAGAGCUCACAGUCACCGAAUUGGGUUUCGAUUGGUCGCAAAGCCAACACGACAAUGAUUUGCACAUGUUGGUCGAUUCGGCCGAUGAAUCAAUGUCGACCGGUGUUGACGAAGUAAAUAUUGCUCAACUCGAAGAGGAGGUUAAACGCCAGAAUAUCAGGUUGGAAAAUGAGCCAAAAUCGCGAUUCGAUCCAUUCCUUGACGAUUUAACGCCAGACGAAAUUCUCGCUCAAGUCCAAGAUGCAGCUGCUAAAGUGAAGAAAAAAAUCUCCGAACGCAAACGAUCGAAUAAAAUGGGUUUCUUAAGACAGAAAAAAGAUGGUACAACGAGCAUGAAUAUUAUAGUUGAUGUAGAAAAUUCGUGUCCCGAACGGGUCGUAUCACUUGGUGCGUUCACCGGCAAAUUGCAGAGCGGAACUGGCCAAUUGCAAAGUUUCCGGGAAGAUCGACGGAAUAAUGCAAAGAUCGUUAAACCUCUAAAUUACGGCACGUAUUGCUCAUUUGCGCCGAUUUAUGAUUCGCGAUUUGCCAAUUUGAGCAAGGAAGAAAGUGAACUGGUGCUGAACACAUACGGUGACGAAGCCAGUUCAGAGUAUGCAGCUAGUAUAAUCGAAUUCACCAAGGAUAGCCAACACGGGAGUUUCCUAGCGAAUAGCCUCUUAGACUAUCUCACAAAUGGUGAGCAUCGAAAAACAAUGGCCACGCUCACGGAGAGUUCGCGGCAAAAAUUCGAGCAUAAUGAAUUGCAGCGAACGUUCCCCAAUCCACCGGCCGAUGACGAAAACGAAAAGUUCAAAGAUGUGAAAAUCGAUUUCAACAAUCUGCGCACACUUAGCGAUUUGGGUUUGAAUGUUGAGUUCCUCGGUGGCUUGGAAGAAGAGAUAAAAACAUUCGAAAUCUAUAAAACAUUGGAGAAUCGAUUGGAAAACAAUUCCGAGUUGCUUGGACGACUGCGCCAGGUGCAAAAUGAGCGUUUGUCACAAAAUCUGCCGACACAUUUAUCGAAUAUUGCCCAUCCGAGUGAGGAUGAACUCGAGCUAGCCGCUCAAGUCACCAAUAAUUUGAAAGAAAUCGUAAAGGAUUUACCACCAUCAUCUCUCGUCACGCCGCAUGCUUUGAGAAAAGCGAUGGGACUAUCGAAUGUUGGUUUGGAGCCACUGAAUGGAUUUGAGGAAAACAAAAGUACAUCACCUACUGAUAAGUUGCCGGCAGAGACGAAUGAUGAGUCAAUAGCGAUGGAAAUCGAUGCGGACACAUCAUCGAACGAUAUACAAAAUGUGUCGAACGCUGUGUCGACAGAACCUCAGGUUGAUCUCGAAAGUGAAUUGCGGGAAUUUCUUGAAAGUGACACAACGAGCCUUGCAGCGGCUGCCGCUGACGAUGUUGGCAUCGAUCAAAUGCUUAUGGCUUAAAUCCACUAAACUUAAUUUAUUUACAAUUAAUUUUUCCCCUUUUGGUUCACAUUUUUCACCAUCUCAAUGGUUCAUGAUUGGAGGCAAUAAUGAUGAAAGCAAUCAAAGCCUAAAUUGUACACGUGUCUGUCCGACUGCCAUACGAAUAAUGUCAGACCAUUUAGUAAUAAAAUUGAUUGUGUAAAUCUGUA